GAUCUAUAUUCCAGAUAAUAUAUUCCAGCCAUUUGAAUAUUUCGAGAUACGACAAAUACGGUAUAUAGAGAUAAGAACUCCGCCAUCUUGAAAAUAAUCUUCAAUACAUUGAACAAACCCUAAUUAUGUCCUUACUCUAAGGUUAAACAUUCGUAACUUGACAACUGUAAGCAAAAUGAGGUUUCUUGUUUUCCUAUUUAUAAUUUUACUAAACUUAAUGCUUAUUUGUAUGGUAAUACAAACGAUCGGCAUGAUUUACGGGGCCAGGUAUAACAUGAAACAUAAAUGCCGCCUUGCUGAAAAUAACACAACAAAUGCUGCUCAAGAAUCAUCCACAUCGUCAACAGAUAAUAAUAAAUCUACGACUAUAAGUACCACAGUGCAGCAAAAAUUAGUAUUUAGAAAUUUGCUGAAGACAACAGCUGUGCCAACCUCAAAGUCAUCGUUGUCUUCAAAGAGCACUAGUAGACAUAAUACUACUGCAGUGAAUUCUAUUAUGAGACUACUACAACUGUGUCUGCUUCAUUGGCUUCAAAAAUUGCAAUUGCAAAUACCAAUCUACUACUUUGAAUCUGGAAGCAAUUUAUAAUAUGACAAGUGUAAUUCCAAACAUUGAGGUGUCCCCUGAUUAUCAUAAGAGACGAGUGCGAGAAGUAUAUUAUAAAUCAUGUGUAUCUUGUACAUGAAUGGACAUAUCAGUAUGCUCUUUUUUUUUUUAAUGGAAAAUGUGAUUUAAAAUGUAGUUUACUCUUGAGCUUGUUUUGUAAUUAUUUGCGUAUGUUAAUGUUAUCACCUCUAUAUUUUAGCGUUUUUAAUGUUCCUUUAGUUGUGAAUUAAAGCACCUGAUGCAUAAAAAUG